UAUGUCCUGGCGCCUCGUGCUCGGCAGUGCGCUCGUGGCUUUAUUUUGGCUCUGGCCGGUGGCUCAAAGUCGCGUGGCAGUCAGUCUGUUGCCGUCGCUGUUCGUGGGUGAAGGUCCCGUCCGUUCGGGUUCGAUUUUAUUCCGCGUUUCGUAGAUAUUUCGCAUGGAAAUCGCUCCUAUUGGAUGCAAUUGUAUCUCGUCGAUUGUGCCGCCGUCAAGUGUCACUUGAAAAUUGUCGAAAUUGAAUUUACCGAGCGUUAGUGAACAAAGGUCCUCCAAAUGGCCAUAACGAGUGUUUCGGCCUUUGUCUGGCUUCGAUUUCUGAACCAAUCUCAAGAGUUUUCCGGAUUAAGCCAAAAGGUUUUGUAGAGAUACUUAAGUGCUAAGUGAACUCAUCAAAAGCAUCAUAUAGUGAACUAUAUCAUCUGUCUGUUUGAAUAUGCCUGGCAGGUAGAUUUCUGCUUUUCCUUUCACCUUAAGGCCAACGUCACAGCAAAUUUGUCUCCUGGCGAUGAGAGCUAAACAAAUGACAGUCCUUCUAUGAGGGAUAGGGAUAGGAGCCAUCUUCCUUCGCAAUCGCAGAAUGUGUGCCAGCGACGUGGAAGCGGCGAAAUCCUCCCACUGAGUGGCAGCAGGAGAUUCCUUAGACAGACACCUCUGAUUCAAUCGGCAAAAGCAAGGACAAAUGGCGGCGAAUCGCAGGCGGAAGAAGACAAUCGGCAUGCUGACAUCGGGACUAAAAUCAGUAGUCAAGUGGAAAAUUAUUGUAUCAUCCAUAAUGCUGCUCUUAUUAAGUGGGACAAGUCACGUGCUGGCGGUGCGAAAGGGUCGCCUGAUGUCCCCCAGCUCGUUCACCGCCCUCAGCGGGGACCUGCAUGUGCAGAUCCAGUUCAAUGGUAACGACGUGUCCCCGGCGGAGGAUGGGCCAGCCAGCCCGACCACCGAGCACUUGAGCACUGGCGCGAGGGACUUGAGGACCGGGAACAACACCAUAAUGAGCACUUUAGUCAUUAGCAAAAUCAUUGAUGAAAUUGAGCCGGCGCAGGAAAAGGGUUUAACCCCCGGUGCAGCCAAUACCAGCCAGUUGGUCCUGCACCGCCGUCGCAAGGAAGUGGUGCAGAACAUACCCCUCUUCCCGGAUCCCCGGUUCAAUGUCACCCAGGUCACGGUGCCGUGCCAGACCUUUCUCAUCGGCGGACGCUACGAGAUGCAGGUGGUCAGCAAUCUCAAGUCGGUGAACCGGAGUGAGGUCACCACCACCUUGGUGCCCGCCCAGGAUGAGCGACUGCUCCAGACCCUCGACGUGCGAUGGCCCAGUGCCGAGAUGAUAGUGAGUCCCGUGCGUCUGCGGACCUAUCCCAGAAAUCCAGUGGAGGUUACCCUCAGAUUCCCCGAGGUGAACUGCAACCAAUCGGGGAGUCUGGCACUGCCUGAAUUUUGGCUAGAGCUGAUAUACUGCGGCAAGGAGCGCAGCUGCAGCCGGAACAUAACCCGAUCCAGUGUCCUUUUCGCGGAGCAGAUUCGCGGAUUUCCGAAAAACAAGAGCCUGCGCUUGGGAUGCGAGCUGUUCGGACUGGCCGGAAACUAUGCAGUGCAGCUGAGGCCCAUGAUUCCCGCCCAGAAUGUGCCCACCACCCGGAGGCUCCUCAGCGUCGACUGGAGCGACGAGUUCGUGUUCAACGUGUACGCCCGCAGCAUUUUCCCCUGCGAUCCGCACACCGGGAUCGGGGUGCUCUACGAGUACCCCGGAUGCAUUCUGGAGCAGGGCGACCGGGUGCGAUUGUACGCCAAGCUGCGGGCCGAUGUCGCCUCCCUGAAGCCACCCACAUCGCUGCACUACGUCGCCGAACAGCGGGUCGUCAAGAGCCAGCACUCACUGUACUUCGCCUGCGACCUCUUCUCCGAGAAGUACGUGGAGUACUGCUUCGUCUACGUCAGCCAGGCCAUUUCCGGAGCCGUGGCCGACGUCCGGAUGGACUGCGUGCCCACGCUGCCCGUAAGCGAUUCGGAUACCGGUGGCUGGGGACCCUGGAGCGACUGGACGCCCUGCUCUACGAAUUGCCUGGGAGGAACCCGCAAUCGCUACAGGUUUUGCGAUUCGCCACCCCCGCGAUAUGGCGCCAAAUUCUGCGAGGGUCCAUCAGUGGAGACGCAGAAGUGUGGCAAGAGCAUCGCUGAUACGUGGGACUGCAUUUACGAGACAUCCGGCACUGUCAUCACCAAGGAAAAUAGCACGGAGGUUAGCCAGGAAAUUGGACCAGGUUGUCGUUGCGGCUGCAUUGUGCACCUGGGCUCCUCGAAACCGAAAAGGAUCAUUGCGGGCGCCACACAGAGCUGUCCUGGUCGCUCCUUCUGGCUGAUACAGGUGGAUGGCGAGGAGAGCAUUUCGCUGGCACUGAGUUUCCUGCGUUUGCCCUGUGCCUCCCAGUACAUAAAGGUGCGCGAUGGACCGUCGCUUUCGUCCACUCUUCUGGUGGAACUCAACGGAGGGGGGCUGAUCCUCAAGGGAGUCGGCGUUCCGGUGGCCAUCGAGUCGACUGGUGGACAACUCCUGGUGGAGUUCUCCGCCGGCGAUGUUGGCCAGGCAGCAAAUGCAUCUGCUUCGAGUCAGGAGGGAAGUGCCGCCUGCACUGGAGGCUUCAUGGCCAAUGUGCAGCAGCUGUUGACCUCGAGGAGCAGAAACAGCAGUAUCACACUGGUUGCCGCCACUCGUUUAUCCGGAAAAACACGCUCGAUUUCCCACAAACCUAUGUCACACCUGCGUUUUACCCUGGUUCAUCUAAGUGCCAUGAUCUUUGCCAGCAUUAUCAUCAUAAUAAGUGCUUUGUUAGGUGCCCAAUAUGUGGUAAGAUAUAGGAAGUACCAUCUGGCAGUUGCUCGGCGACAGGACGAAGGCUCCCGUCUUCACACUCCCAGGGCUUCGCUGAGUUCCCUGCAAGGACCUCCCUCACGGGCCAUGUCCACCACUACUCUGCUCUCGGAGGUCAUUUACAUGGUGAAGAUGCGACCCAAACACCACCUGCGUCACUCCAUUCUUCGCGAGAGUGUGGACGCGGAGAAUCUGACCAGUGAGACGGAGUUCAAGGAGUCGGAUUCGCAGGGAAUGCUGGCCAAGUGCGCUGAAGUCAAGGAGUUGGGCAGCUCGGCGUCGAUGGUCACUCUGCGGAAUGAACGAUCUUCGCCAGCUCGAUCUCUGGACACUGGAAGUGUUGUGGGCUCACCAUCCUCCGCUGAAGCCGAAUUGGCUGAGGACCACAGCAGGACAGAUGGGUCCAAGGAUUCGCCCACGGAGGAACAACUGGAGCCGGCAAGCUGCAAGGACAGUGCCAGGGACUCGGAAUCCAUCAUAUCCUCGGGCAUGAGCUCGCUGUGCAACAGUCCGCCGAUGAAUAGCAAGCGGCUGAGCAAGUACUCCGAUCGCUACGAUGCGGUGACCCUGAAGUUGCUGUCCUCCAGAUUGGAUGAGAGUCUGCAGGACGCCAGUUCCCUGCACUCGGUUACCGAAUCCCUAAGGAUGGGACGUCUGGGCUCCCGCAGUGUCAGCUCUUCCCUGACGAAUGGCUGCUACUCCCCAGCUGCCAGCAUUGUGAGCUCGGCGACGAUCCGGACGACCAGCAAUCCCAAGGAGUCCAAGGAGAAGCAGAACCGCAGGAAGCUGCUGGCGCGACCAGGCUCAGAGUUCUCGCUGGGGAAUCAAGAGGAACUUGAGCUGGACUACUAUGAUUACAAUGUGAUCAAUGCGGGAUCGGCGCCGGGCUCUUAUCUGGGAAUGGACCCGGCAUAUCUGGUCUGGAUACCGCCCUUCGAGGAGGUCGCCGAACGGGAGGAGGACGACAAAACGCCAGAACCGGAACGGGAUCCGGAUCCGGAAAGGGAUGAGCGGGAGCCACUGUACGAGGAGAUACGGAUGCCCAGGUACGGACACUAUCUGAGCCCGGCCAGCAACACGGAGUCCAGCAAGUCCACCACGGCUGACAAUACACCCAGCUCGGAGGAGCGAUCCCCGCCAGAUAGUGGGCGUCCCUCCAAGGCCACGUCUCCCUGCGAAGGAGUUGAAAGGGGAGGCAAGUGCCUGCCCAAGCAACCCACUCCAUUCAUGUCCAGAAAGCAGCGACGCCAGUCCAAACAGCAGAUGCAAUCCAGUUUGUCCCUAAGCGCCGGUUCCUUGGACGACGAACAGAGGUCUGGAAAGAACACCAAACUGCCGAUUGAGAUGGCUGCAGUGCAUCAGAAACUGGAAGCCGAUCUGGAACCAAACGAAUCCAUGACCGGCUCCUAUGUGGAAAAAGAAACUGCCGUGGAGAAAUCAUCUGGGGAUCUGCAGGAGUUUCUAUCCCUAGAUGACAUCCAGUUCGCCGACGAGAGUGGCAGCGAUUACGAGGCUGUAAAUCUCAAGAAAGUGGCCAAUUCGCAACUGAAACUCAAUCAGGACGGUGUUCGAUCUAAGCUUCUCCGAAGAAAAGAGCCCCAGUCAAAGGAGGUGUCCGUGUAGCCCCACAAUAUUAUUGUACAUAUAACCAGCACAAAAAGAGCAGUGUAUGUUUAGUAUAGUUUACGGACUUGUAAAAUACGGGUUAAUAUUAAUUAUAUACAUAUGUCAGCACCACGAGAAACGUAGACCACCUGGAGUAAAAGUGUUUUUAAAGCUAAGCCUUAAGCUCAUCUCAAUGUAUACUUUCGAAUCGAAAAGAAUGUAGAGCAAGCUCUUAUCUAGUCUCAAACCUCUUAAAGGCUAAUCCGUUUAAUCUCUCGUUACAAUGUAUAUAUCGUAGCUAAGGUUCACUUAAGUAUUUAUUCGCACAUUGCUAUGUACACAACCCAAUUUCAUAAAAUUAAUGAAUUAUUUAAGAGUCUUUAUCUGGCAUUAACUUUGAAUUAGACAAUUGGACAAUUGAGAAAUUUUGUGAUCUUUAUUUUGUGCUUCAAAGCAUUGGAAAUUCUAGUCAAUAUGAUAGUCGAAAUUAAUUAGCAUUUUAAAAUCAAAAAGUGUUUUUGUUUUUACCAGAUAUUAAGCAUUUUUA